CCCGAUUGGGACAGCCAGAUGACCCAAAGGUCGACUGUACUACAGGUGCCCGACUCUAGAACAAGAAACACGCCUUUAUGCACUACAUCAAUUGUCGAGUCUGCCUCGCCAAGAGUCCAAGCACACUCAACAAGUCUUGCUGCUUUCUUUUCGAUGGCUCUUAAGUCCCACUCCCUCUGAAGUCCCAGCUGGACCGUCAACUUCCUGAGAAGCGUCACCGCCCAUCCACCAUUUGCAUUCACGUUUGUUCCCUUGGUGAGGAUGGCGGAAACGAAAAAGGCAGUGUACCAUGUGUCCACAUAUGAGAUCGGCAGAUUCAAAGACGGGGCCUGGCACUGCGUCCAUGGUGACCCGGCCGUGGAGAACACGGCGGGAACCAGAUCGACCUGCGCUGGCAUGAGAUUCUGGGCUUGUGAUCGUACCAAGCAUAGCGGGGAUGAGUGCCGGUUCUAUCUGUGGGAAGACCACCUGGACGAGGCGAUCAACUAUCACAAUAUUCCCGAGGAUAUAGCAGCCCAGGUCCGUCGGACUCCCAGCAAGAGGAAGAGAGAUGGCGAUAUCCGCGACUUCUAUCGCUCUCCGAAGACCCCCAGAACCCCCAGGACCCCCAGGACACGGGCUAUUGCAACCGAAGCUGCUGCGACCAACUCUCCAACGCCCGUUGCAGCUGGGCCGAGCAAUACACGCCGCGAACUCAGUCCGUCGCCAUUGCCGAAGGAGACGGCCAAGCCUAUGCAGCCACCACCACCACCGCAGCCACCGAGGACGCCCACCUCUAAGAGCAGAGCGACAUUCUCACUUGAGGAGAGGCCAAAGCCCCCAGCUUUUGAACUACCGCCGAGCCCUAAUAGGCGGAGGCUUACUAGUCCGGAACUGAAGGCAUACAAUGUGGUUAUCAAGUCGCUGUCGGCUGAGAGGGUGGGACUGACCUUGAAGGGACAGAACGCUUUGCGCGAGAUCAUCAAGGAGGAAUCAUAUUGGAUGCAGUGAACGUCCAGGUGACCAGCUGAGGGAAAGGAUCGCUUCGCCUUGAGAACAGCUAGGUCUGCCAAUGAGGAUACCUCUCGGUUGUUCCUCCAGCUCAGUUCCAGAUGGCAUGCACAGCCAUGAUGGGUUAAUCUGGACAUUGCCCAUUACCCAUUGCGGCCAGCAAACCUAGUUUCUAAUCUGAACUGUUGGACAUGUUCCGCCCGGGCAUCGUUUGCCACAAUCGGUGGAUUACAUACAACCUUGACCCUCCUCUCUCUUUCCUUUGGAUGCUACAGCAAGACAAGGCCGAAGAGAUGUCCAGUAGCAUG